CAUCUUCAUUCAUCUUCCCCAACUGUUUUUCUUACAGAUAACAAAGAAAGCCAAACUAGUUUUUUGACAAGUCGUAUAUCUGCUUAUCCGUGUCGUUUUCAAAUAGGUUGGUUAGCAAAUUUCCAGCUACCGAGCAUUGACUUCCUUAUAUAUCAUGGGGUCCUCGUUGCUACCCAUGAUUCUCUAAAUACCCUUUACUGCUUUAAUUUAUUUUGUUUGAAAACUAGCUAGCCACGGAAUGAAGAGUAGAUGUUCAUAAUAUUUGUUGGUUUCUCCCAUUCUCAAAGCAAGGACUGGAGAUUUUGGGAGGAUAUGAGGUGUUUUCCAUUCUGCAAUGGUACUAAAAAUGAAGACCAAAAGACAUCAAAGUAUACUCCUAUUCCUACAUCUACAUCAUCUGCAUCGACUGAUCCUGAUACGAAGAAAUCUGGAUCUGAUUACAACUAUCAGAACAUUUCCGAUAUAAGCACUGAAUCCUCGGUUAGGUUCUCGUUCAAAAGUUUGUCCCUCAGACCUAGCAAGCUUAGGGUCUUCACAUUUGCAGAGCUGAACACAGCUACCAAGAAUUUCAGCCGUUCCCUUAUGAUUGGAGAAGGCGGAUUUGGACCCGUGUAUAGGGGUGUAUUGAGAGAGACAGAAAGGAUCGAUAUUGCUGUUAAACAACUCAGCAGAAGAGGGUUGCAGGGACACAAGGAAUGGGUGACAGAAGUGAACGUUCUCGGCAUUGUCGAACAUCCAAAUCUUGUCAAACUUAUAGGCUACUGUGCUGAGGACGACGACAGGGGGAUGCAACGCCUUCUGAUCUACGAAUAUAUGUCUAAACGUAGCGUUCAAGACCAGUUAUCAAGUCGAUUUCAGGCAUCUCUGCCAUGGAUUACUAGAUUGAAAAUAGCCCAAGAUGCUGCAAGAGGCUUGGCAUAUCUUCAUGAAGGCAUGGAGUUUCAGAUUAUAGUUAGAGAUUUCAAGUCAUCUAAUAUUUUACUGGAUGAUCAAUGGAGCGCAAAACUUUCAGACUUCGGAUUGGCAAGGUUGGGUCCUUCAGAUGGAAUAAGCUACGUCUCCACAGCGGUUGUUGGAACAGUAGGAUAUGCUGCUCCAGAGUACAUAAAAACAGGGCACCUUACAGUGAAGAGUGACGUUUGGAGUUAUGGGGUCUUUUUGUAUGAACUCAUCAGCGGUCGACGGCCUCUGGAUAGAAAUCGACCUAGAAAUGAGCAAAAGCUCUUGGACUGGGUUAGGCCACAUCUUGCUGACGGUAAAAGAUUUGAACAGAUUCUCGAUCCUCGACUAGACGGGAAACAUUCCCUCAAGUCUGCUCAAAAGCUAGCAGCAAUUGCUAACAGGUGUCUGGUUCGACGUCCCAAAAAGCGGCCACGAAUGAGCGAAGUUCUCGAGAUGGUGAACCAGAUUGUUGAGGAGAAUGACAAUGGAAGUCCUGAGGCUGCUGUAGAGAACUCCCCUCAAAAGGAAAACGAGAAAUCUAUGGCACAAAAUUUAUUAAAGAGGAGAUUUGUUGAUCAUGUAACCGGAGAGAACAAGUGGCUAACCUGGAGGUCAUGGAGACCUAAGGUUGUUGGGACCAAUUGAGUGAAAACAGAUGAAUUAUACUUCAUGAUUUUAUUGUCUUCCACAACCUAGGGAACAUGCCAUUUGUUUGAUGACAAAUAUAAGUAAUAUCGAAAAUUCGAAUGGUUGAAACUGAAGCACACUACUUUUGAAGUGAUAGGAAAAGAGAAAAAAAGAAAAAACAUCGAUUAAACUAGAA